GCAUCGCCAGGCACGGCAGGGCUCUCCGUACCUCCGCCUCGUUUCUCACCACACUGUUUCGCAACAAAGGCUGUUUCGAUGGAAAGGAUUAUUUUAUCAUUUCGCCCGUAAGCCGAAGACACAUGAGGUCAAGCCGUCCCACUUUGUCGGCAGUCGAUAGUCAGCACUCCAUUUAUUCAUUUGCCUCAAAGCAAACAUCACAGAUCGUCGAAAGCAUAAGACGAAAUGAUGAACAACAGAGAUCGUUGGAGGGUGUACAAGAAGGUGAGUGUCAUGUUUUUCUUGGCUGUGGUGGCGCUGACUGUUGUCCAGAGAGGGAGCAUCAAUGUGGGGGCUCCCUUUGAACUCGAGAGGCAGGCUGGCAUGGAUACCUCUGAGGGAGUGGAGCCCGGAGCUGCACUGGAAGAGAAAACUGACUCGUACCUGGGUAUAAAACGCUUCUGGAAAGCUAGUCAACGCCGCUCACAGCCUAAAUCUCGGGCCACCACACAGAAGCCCAGAAUCUCUGAGAACAGCACUCCCAGAACCUGGGAUAUAACCAACUCAAACUGUAGCGCCAACCUCAACUUCUCUAGCCAGGACUGGUUCAGGAGCCUGGAGGACAAUUUUAAGCAGUUCAUGCUUUAUCGACACUGCCGUUACUUCCCCAUGCUCCUCAACCACCCAGAGAGGUGCACAGGGGAGAUAUAUUUGCUCAUGGUAAUUAAAUCAGUGGCCACCCAACAUGACCGCAGGGAGGUAAUCCGAAAAACAUGGGGCAAAGAGCAAGUAGUUAAUGGCAAAAGGAUAAAGACCCUCUUCCUUCUUGGUAAACCCUCCAAUGAGGCGGAGAGAGCGAACCAUCAGAAGCUUGUGGAGUACGAGGACUACAUCUAUGGGGAUAUCCUCCAGUGGGAUUUCUUGGAUAGCUUUUUCAACCUUACACUUAAAGAGACUCACUUCCUGAAGUGGUUCCACACGUACUGUCCCAGCGUGCGCUACGUCUUUAAGGGGGACGAUGAUGUGUUUGUCAGCACGGAUAACAUCUUUGAGUUCUUGGAAAGCAGCAACCAUGAAAAGAACCUAUUUGUGGGAGAUGUGAUUUUCAAGGCUAAGCCCAUUCGUAAAAAAGAGAACAAAUACUACAUACCCCAAGCUCUGUAUAAUAAGACACAAUACCCUCCAUAUGCAGGUGGGGGGGGGUUUCUGAUGGAUGGGAACCUGGCUAGGAGGCUUUACUGGGUCGCAGACACCAUGGAGCUCUACCCCAUCGACGACGUCUUCUUGGGAAUGUGUCUGGAGGUGCUUCAGGUCACCCCUAUAAAACACAAUGCUUUUAAGACGUUUGGUUUGGUGAAAAAUAAGAGCAGUAAAUUGAACCGAGAACCUUGUUUCUUUAAGAGCAUGAUUGUGGUGCACAAGCUGCUCCCAUCGGACCUAAUGCAAAUGUGGAAUCUGGUCAACAGUGACCUGGUCUGCGCGCAGAAAGUGGAGAUCCUAUAGCUUCACGAAAACACCAGGUAAGGACAGCACCCACAAGCUGAGCUAAACCUUGGUGGAUACCAGUAGGAAGUACAGUACAGUGUAUGACAGUUGAAGGCGAACUUCCCAGUAAACUCUCCUUUAUGUGGAGAGGCUGAUGCAUCAAUGGGCACACUAAGGAGGACAUUUACUUGCGCUACAAUUACAGGCUUUGUAUUCUCUUGCAUAAUAAUCUGUUGUUGGCCCUGAUGGAAAAUAUUUAAUGGGACGCAAACAAACACCCUCCUAUUCCCCUCCCGUGUGGCCAAUACCCAUUCUUCCUCUUCCCUCUGCUUUGAAAUGUUGAAGGUUUUUCAUUGGCCAGGAGCCUUGUGGCAGUGAGUUGUCACGAAAUCGACAAUGUGAAUACACGUAAAAAAUUUAAGGUAAAGUUUCUUGCGAGGACAAGUGGUUAACAAAACCAUGAAUAUAUUUUAAUUGCUGUAGCAUGUGGUGCUUUCGGAUUGGUCGGAGGGAAAUAAUGUUGGGUUUAGUUAGUUCGUGAAAAUUUAAGGGCAGUUAGUAUUAGUGUUCGAAAGCCAUUGCACAUGCUGCUGUUACGCUAGCACUUUGGGUUUGUACUGAGAGUUAUGUAUGCCAGUAUGGCAUGCUGCAGAGGCUUUAAAUGGCUUCAAGUAAGAGAAAGAAACAACUCUCUCUACCUCAGUGAGUUGGUCAGAAAACUCUUAAUUUCAUCAUUGGUCACAUUUUCUACUAAAUGCAACCAUGAUACCAUUAUCUGCAUGUACAGUACACAUUCUUGAAGAAAGAUUUUAAUCAAUUUUUGUAUCAUAGAGGUCCUUGCACUCAUUUGUUUGGAAUGUGACCGACUUGAUCUGGACUUCUACUACUCCUAUACUACUGUAAACCAUUAACAAAUGUGUAAACUUGCUACAUGUAUGCUGUCCAUGGAUUUGAAUGUGCUGAUAUACUUGACAUGAAUUUGGUAGAGGUUUUACAAUGACACUGUGAACUAAAACUAUUGCUGGUACGAGCACAUGAAAUGUUAAUUUAAUCGCCAACCCGGAUAUAGGGGGCCAAUGUGGGGUUCUUAUGUUUAAUUUAAAGCAACAGAUGAGCUUAUUAACGGAAGGUUGGAUGAUUAUGAAGCUGAACGUCAUGGGUGUUUUGGGUGAUGAUUAUG